CUUUUAACUACCCUGAAAUUAAAAAUAUAACUCAGUAAUUUUUCCUCCUGAAAAUACUAUUUAAAUACAUGACUACAUGUCCACUUGUUAAAACUUAUUUAUUAUAUGCACAUAACAGGCAGCAAAAACUUAUUAUAGAAUUCCUACUAUACAAAAAUAAUUACUAGACAUUAGAAAUCCAGUUCAUUCAUUACAAUAUUUUCAAUAUUUUUUGUUGUUACUAUCUUGUGAAUUAUAAAUACUCAUUUUCAUAUAUAAACAAAAAAAAUGAUUCGAUCAGUUCAAAACCGAUUAAAUAUUCAAUUUAAUUCGAAGUUUUUUCACUGGGUCAUAUUAUUUUUAUUUUAUAUUACAAUCAAUCAAAUCUCAUUAGUUAUUUCAAAUGGAUGCCUUCAACCUAAUGGAAUGUCUAUGUGUUGUGCCGGUCGAGAGAAGAAAUGUUUUGUUUACAAAUCAACUGGACAAUCUUCAAUAUCUAGAUAUUAUCCAUGGAAGAAAUAUCGUAGUGUAGCUGGUCAUUCAAGUCCACGUGAUCGUUGUUAUUGUGAUGAAAGUUGUGUCAUUACUGGAGAUUGUUGUCAUGAUUAUCAUUUCACAUGUCAAAAAACAAAAGUGGAUUGUACAGUCAGUGAAUGGGGACCUUGGACAAGUUGUGAAUAUACAUGUGGUCAAAGUGUUAGUACACGUUACAGACAAAUUCAAAUUAAACCAAGUAGCAAUGGUAAGCCAUGUCCAGAGUUGAAUGAAACAAGACCAUGUAUUGGACAUAAUUGUGCAUCGAAAAGAUUUGGAAGAUCUGGAACGCUGAUGGUACCUUAUGUUUAUGAUAUAAAAGCUGAAGUGGCGCAUUUACUACCCGUACGUGGAGAUGUAUUGGAUUUAACUAGACGUUAUGAUAUGCGUUUUGAUGUUCGACGUAAACUCUAUCUUGGUAGAUUAAUAAAAAUGAAUAAGACUGAACAGCCAGAACCUGAUCCGUACUGUGCAGUAUAUGAGAUUACGUAUUCAAAUCAGGCUUGUCAAUCACAAAAUUUGUUAUGGCAAUUUUCACAGUCACGCGAUCUGUAUCCUUCUUAUUAUUAUCCUAAUCGUUAUAAACGACACAAUGAUUAUAAUGGUCAAUCAAUCACUUUUAGCCGUAAAUCAUUUCUCCACAAAAGACAAUACAGUACAGUUGGAAAUACUGGUCUGAACAAAAAUUGGGAAGACAAUUAUUCGAAUUCUGAAUCAUGGAUUACUCAUUCAGCGUUACUUACACCAGGUCAACAAAUCUGUGUGACAUGUUAUCCAACAUAUAUGAGGGAAGAUUUGGGUUACAGAUGCACUGGAUCUGGAUUACCAAAUGUUGAGACUAGAUGGCGUGCACUACGUACUUCUGAUUGCCAAGGUAGAUUCCGUAUGGUUAGUAUACCGCAAAGAUCAUGUACAUGUGGUCGAGGUGUUGCAUCAUUUGUAUUUGUUUAA